UCUCUCUCCAUGCAUAUCCUAUAGCUUUCUAGACUACAUCUACUGUGCUCUCAUUUUCGAAUACCCUAAUAUGGCUAACAUAUCAACCCUCUUCAACAAGUUCCUCUCUCUCCUCAUCCUCCUCCUCCACCUCGGUUGCUUCUCUUCCACCGCCACCGCCAAUAUCCCAAAAAGGCCUCAUCACCGCCGUAAACUCUCCACUCACCUCUCCAAACCCAGUACCCUAAAACCCCAAAAAGCCCUCUCCACCUCCUGGUCCUAUCUCAAACGCAUUUUCACCUCCAAAUCCUACAAAAUCACCUGCACCAACAUCAUCCAAUCUCAGCUCUCCACGCCACCUCGCUCCUCUCACCACUCCAUCGUCUCCCUCGUCCUACCCGACACCGACCCCAAAUACCUACCUGGGUCGCUCCCCGAAUCAGAUAUCUCGGCCGAUUCCCACCAAUGUUUCCCUCUCCGAAACGAUAUCUUCCCCUGCACCGCCUGCGGGGAAAUCUUCCCGAAACCCGAGACUCUCGAUCAGCACCAGGCGAUCCACCACGCCGUUUCGGAGCUUCAUGACGGAGACUCGGGCAAAAACAUUGUCCGAAUCAUAUUCAAAACAGGUUGGACCGAUACACGAAAAGCCCCCGAAAUUCACCGGAUCCUGAAGAUCCACAACAGCGGCAAAAUCCUGGCGAGGUUCGAGGAGUACAGAGAGCUGGUCAAGUCCAAGGCGGCGCGAAACGGCACCGUUCGGAGGAGGGAUGAGCGGUGCAUCGCCGACGGCAACGAGCUUCUCAGAUUUCACUGCUCAACUUUCGUUUGCGAUUUGGGACUCAACGGGAAUUCUGGGAUUUGUAAUCACGAGCACUGCAGUGUUUGUGGAAUUAUUAAAUCUGGAUUCUCACCCAAGUUGGACGGAAUUUCCACGCUGUCGAGUAGCUCCAGAGCACACGUGGCAAUUCCAGAGGAUAUCGAGGAGGAGUUUCAGUUCAUGAACGUGAAGCGGGCUAUGCUGGUCUGCCGGGUCGUGGCGGGUCGGGUCGGGUGUGACACUGUGGAGGAUAUUGACGACGUGGACAAAGAGGGCGGCGGAUUCGACUCGGUUGUUGGCGGAGGAGGCAGCGGGGUCCACACGAGGGUGGACGAGGAGGAGCUUUUGGUGUUCAAUCCAAGAGCUGUUCUUCCUUGCUUUGUGAUCAUCUAUACCAUGUAACGAUGUGAUAGUUUAAGCGUUUAAUGCAUGAAAUCUGAACUUGUACUAGUCCUUAUUUUUUAGCAAGGAUUGUGAAUAUAUUUUGGUGA